GCUGUCUCUCUCUCUCUCACUACACUGUUUAUGCUUUACCCGUCUCUUUAUAUUCUCUUCAUCACAAUUACACAGAGGCAAUUCAAUUCCCUUUGAUUAACCAUUACCUGAAAUCCAAUCACCCGUAUGACAAACCCUAACGCCAAACGGAAAAUGUCCGUUUCCAGUAACGUAGAUGACCAAAACGACGACGUUGACGACAUUCUCAAAGAACAACGCCGUGAAAUCACAGAAGCCAAAGCUCUCUUCUCCGACAAUGAUCUCGCUUUUAAUCUCCAGAUGGAAGAAGCCAUAACCGCUUCUAUUUCACUAAACCCUAACGUUAUUCCCUCGCCAACCCUAAAUGACGCCGUUUUGCACGAGGAUGAUGAUUUUGAUUACACGGCUUUACUGCUAGACGACGUGGAGAGGCUGGAUCAAGAACGUAGGGACCGUGAGGCGUGUGAGAAUUUAAUGAGGGAAAUGAAAAAAGAGCUGGACUGUAGGAUUCAUGAUCAGAAAGUAGCUAGUGAAAUCUCCAACAUUCCUGACGUUGAAUGGGAGAAAUACGGUGAUAAUUUUGAGAAGCCGUACGUUUCGUCGGCCGCGGCGGGCUCUAGUAGCAGUAACGGUGGGGAACUGGGGCUGGUGAAUGGUGAGGGAUUUAAGGUGUAUUGUAAGGGAGUAGUGAGUGAAGAAAUGAUUAGAGAAAUGAAGGUGGUUGUUGGUGGCAUUGGAGUGGCCAUUUGUGAUUUUAAGGAUAAUGUGAUUUUUGAAGUUAGUAAGGCUGCGGAAGUUGGUCUUGUUAAGAGUGCUCAAGGGGUUGUCAUUCUGGAAAUUAAAGCUAUUAUUGAAGGAUUGAAUGCUGCUUUGAGUCUGGAAUUGAGCAGAAUUACCUUUUAUUGCGAUGAUUUUAUGAUCUACCAAUAUCUUACAGGUAGGGUUCAACCAUCUGAAAAUAUGAUUGCAACCUUGGUCGACCAGGUGUCUCAUCUUCUUAAAGAGUUUACCGAUUGUCAGCCAAUGCUUGUGACACGCAAUGAUAUAAAGUUUGCAUUUAAACUGGCCAGAAAUGCUGUCGUAUCUCAGAUCACAUGGAAUGCAGAACCUGACAAAGGAAAAAAGAGUUUGAAGGAGACUUGCAUGAUUUGCUUUGAGGAUAAAGAUGUAGGUCAGAUGUUUUCCGUUGAUGGUUGUUUGCAUAGAUAUUGUUUUCCUUGUAUGAAACAGCACGUUGAAGUGAAAUUACUUAAUGGGAUGGAGGCAAAUUGUCCUCAUGAAAGCUGCCAAUCUGAAGUUAGUAUCGAAGAUUGUGGACAGUUUCUUGAUCCUAAAUUAGUUAAUAUUAUUAGCCAGAGGAAAAAGGAAGCUGCAAUUGCCGUGACUGAGAAGGUUUACUGUCCACAAAUGAGGUGCUCAGCAUUAAUGUCAAAAAGUGAAUGUCUGGAAUAUACCAAGGGUUUUUUUGUUGGUGCUGAUAAGUCUGGAGCUAGGAAAUGCAUGAAAUGCAAAUUAUUUUUCUGCCUUAGCUGCCAAGUCCCUUGGCACUAUAAUGUGACAUGCAGUGAUUAUAGAAGAUCCAACCCUUAUGCCCGUGCUGAAGAUGCAAUGCUUGACUCACUUGCCAAACAGAAACUGUGGCGCCGAUGCAUGAUGUGCAAUCAUAUAAUUGAACUCGCUCAAGGUUGCUACCACAUCACUUGCAGAUGCGGUUAUGAGUUCUGUUAUACUUGUGGAGCUCCUUGGAAGAACAAGAAAGCUACUUGUAGGUGCCGGAUUUGGGAUGAAAGGAACAUUAUAUAUGCAAGGCGAUGAUUUAGGGUUAUGAUCUUAGAUAUGACUUCUAAUUUAGGUUUAUAGCUUUCUCUUUACUCUACUCAACUCUUAUGUCUUUUUGCUUCAAGUUCAAGUAGUGUAUAUAUGUUUUAUAUGAUUUUUUUAUAGGUUUUUUGGCCAAGUGUCAGCAAAAUGGAUCUGCAUAUUUUGGGAUGUUUUAACGAAUUUUAUUGAUCUAAACCUACAAUGUUAAAAUUAUCUCCAACCUACAUAAUGUUUUCUA